AUGCGUUUGUUGUUUCUGUUGUUGUUGGUGUGUGCUAGUGUGAUUGUGGCUGUUGAGGCGCUCCCGCCAGCGGCGCUUGGCGAUGUUGUUGCUAACGCUGCAAGCAGUUUGAAUUCUAUGAAGGUAACAGGAGCAUGGCGUCGUCUAUCAAGCACUGUCAGCGAAUCAGUCGGACUGAAGUAUGCUCUACGUCGCCUUCAGAACGUGCCAGCCAGAGCAGCCAGGCUGGUGCACGCGUUAGUAGACCGCAUGAGGGUCGGAGGGGGUCCCGUGGUUGAUACCAAACUGGGCUCCUUAAGGGGACGCCGUGUUAUAACCAGGACCUCGGCGCAAAUACCCUACUAUAGCUUCAAGGGUAUCAGGUACGCUCAGCCCCCACGUGGGGCUCUUCGGUUCCGACCACCAGCACCCUUAAGCCCCUGGUCUGGAAUAAGGGACGCGUUGGAAGAAGGCGCAGUAUGUCCACACAGGUUCAUGCUGUUCGACACCUACAAAGGAGACGAGGAUUGCCUCUUCCUCAACGUUUACACUCCCGCCUUACCUGAUAAAUUAUCCGGCUACAACCCGGAGUUAGCAGUGAUGGUAUGGAUUCACGGUGGGGCGUUCGCUGUGGGGUCAGGUAACGCGUUCCUGUAUGGACCUGAUCAUCUUGUAGGGGCUGGGGUGGUGCUCGUCACUCUCAACUAUAGACUGGGAGCCUUGGGCUUCCUCAGUCUGGAGAAUGAAGAGGUCCCAGGGAAUAUGGGGCUCAAGGACCAAGUGAUGGCCUUGAAGUGGGUGAGAGACAACAUCCAAGUGUUCGGAGGUGAUCCUCAACGCGUCACUAUCUUCGGAGAGUCAGCUGGCGCAGCUUCCGUUCAUCUGCAUAUGCUAUCACCAGCCUCAAAGGGUUUAUUCCAUGGUGUGAUCGCUCAAAGCGGCGUAUCUCUCUCUCCGUGGGCGCUGGCGUCCUCUCCUCGUGAGCGAGCCUUCCAUCUUGGUCGGGAACUUGGCAUUGAUACAAACAACACAGCGGAACUACUUGGGUACCUUCGAGCGACUCCGAGUGAAUUGCUAGUCAAGGCUGGAGCUCGUCUCGUAUCAGCCCCGGGGGCUGCGGACCUGCACAGUACGGUGGCGCUGCCCUUCCUACCAGCCGUGGAGCCCCCCGGACCUGAAGCCUUUCUUACUACACGACCCCAAGACUUAUUACCAGGAGCCGACGUACCCCUCAUGACUGGUUACAACGCGCAGGAAGGCAUCAUAUUAUUCCGACGUUUGCAAAGAUAUCCAAAACUGUUGAGUGAGCUGGAAAGUGAAUUCAGGAAGGUUGUGCCACCCGAGUUGAUAAGUUCUGAUGAUGAACGGUCCAAGAAGGUCGCGGAACAUAUCAGAACAUUCUACUUCCAACAACGGAAGAUUGAUAUACGGAGUAUCGACAGUCUGAUAGAUUUGUUCACAGAUGUAAUGUUCUUGCGGCCGGCUUUGGAAACUUUACGGUUGAAUGCAAGGACAAACAGAACCAGCCCCACUUAUAUGUAUAGAUUUGCCUUCGACGGAGCCCUAGGGCUCUUCAAGCGGAUGCUGGGCAUCACACACCCGGGCGUCUGUCACGGAGAUGAAAUGGGAUAUCUGUUCUACUUCUCAAGACUCAAUUAUAGACUUGAUGACGAUUCCCCUGAAUUAGCAGUGUCCAAAAAAAUGGUCCAACUUUGGACUAAUUUCGCAAAAACUGGUAAUCCUACACCACCGAUCGACUAUGAGUCUGUGGUAGACUUCAAAUGGCCGCCGGUAAAUAACACCGAUCACGUGACAUACCUCGACAUUACGCGCCAAUUCACUAUCAAGAGUGACCCGGAACCGAAAAGAGUUCGCUUCUGGGAUUGGCUGUAUGAUAACUACGAGAACGAAUGA